AUGCUGAAGAGGAGCACCGCCCAGAUCGAGGCGGCGCUGAGGAAGAAGCGCCGGAUGACGUCGAAGCAGGUCCCGGAAGCAGCUGGGGCCCCCAUCAAGUUCUCCAAGGGAGCCGGGGCUGGGCCGGCUUCCAGCAUUGUGUCGCCGCCGCCUGUGCAGCGAGCGAGGAGGGAGCCGACUCCGCAGCCUCCACCUCGGGCGCGCGCGCUGCCGGUCUUCCCGCCGCCUGCCGCGGGGGCGGGGACUUCAUCUUCCGCACCGUCACCAAGCGCUCCCCGGAUCCGGCUCUCGGGCGAGCCGGCCCGCCGGUCAAGCCAGCCGACCAUCGGCGGCAUUCUCCAGCGCCGCUGGCCCGAAGGGCCGCCAGCAGGGGCAGGCGGGGCCGCGCCUGUGGUCAUCGUCGUCGACGCAAGCCCAAGGGCUGCACCGACGCCGCCUGUUGUUUCUUCCGGCCAGGCGGGCCAGGACGUGCCGCCUCCGGCUUCGGAGCCGUCCAGGGAGGAGCCGGUUGCGUCAGCCGACGCGGAUGCCCGGGCGCUGGUUAAGGCCAAGGGCCCGGCGAAGGAGCCCCAGGGGUCUGAGCAGCCGCUGGUGAGCCUGCAUGUGUCGCCAGCCGCCUCGCUUCUAAACGCUGUCUCCGCUCCCGACUCCAGCCUGGGCUCAGCCGGCACCAUGGAGAAGGAGUGGCGCGAUGCCGAUGUGCACGAGGUGACGAGCUGGGACAAGCGGAAGGGAAUGGCCUCCAUGGAGAUGUUCUUCUCCGACUUCCGCGCCUUCGCCGAUGCCACCGGUGCUGAAGCCAACAACCGCCUGAAGCGGAUAGAGAAGGUCCACAAGUCGGUUACUGACAAGCGGACCGAGCUGUACAACCGGCUUGUGGCCAGCUAUCACAAGGCCAAGGCCGACCGCGCCGAGAUGGCCCGCGAGCUGGAGGUUGCCCAGGCUGCUGCUGCCCGUGUCCCUCAGCUGGAGGAGGACCUGCGGGCUGCGCGCGCUCAAUGCGCCGAGAGCGAGGAGGCGGCAAGGGCCCUGGUUGCCAAGGUGGAGGAGAACGAGGGAGAGCUAGCGCGCCUGCGCCAGCUCGAGGCCAACCACCUUGCCGAGCUUGACUCUGUCAAGCGGGUUGAGCAGGAGAAGGUGGACAACCUCAACCAGCGCCUGGGUGAGGUGGACGGGCAGUGCCGGCAGCUCCGUGAGGAGAUGGACACCUAG